UAAAAGCAACAAUGCUUAAAAUAAAACUAUUGAUUUCGAAUAAUGGAAUGCAUCUUGUUUUCACUUUUCACAAAUAUUGUCACUUUGUGACUAGAAACUUCAUUCAUCACAAACUGCAUGCAAUUCUAAAAUGUCGAUGACUUAAACAUAGUUUCCAUUGCAAUUACUUGUGUUCACGUUAAUACUGUAUGUCGCCUUUGCUGAAGUACUAUGAAACCUUUUAAUUAUAAGUAGAUGUAACUUUAUAUAAUGACAAAAUUAUAUUUUUGCUAUAUUACAUAGUUUAUUUAUUUGUCAAAUAUGUGUUCGCCUUGCUAUGAUUCUAAUGUGAAUCCAACUUUAUGUUGGAUUUAAUUUCUAGGGAUUUUGUUACUUUAGAAAACAUUGGUUGCAAUGUUAUCCAAUGUGAAUUUAUGAAUUACGAAUUAAAAAUAUUUAGCCGAGAAUUUUAUUUUGCUUUACCCAGAAAAAUAAAUGACCGAAUUCUCCUUUCUUUUAUCAAACGUAUUCGUAGUACUGUUAGUAUCCUACAUAUCGAAAAUUGAAUUAUGAAAAUAAAAUCCAACUUUUUCACGUAAUAUUUGCUUAUACACAUAAAGCAUUCAAAAAUCGAUAAUGGAACAGGAUAUUGUUAAAAGCGCACGCGUGAACCGAUACUGAUACAUGUCAGCUGUCUACCGCUGAAUACAAGCGUAAAUUGAGAAUUAAAAUAUUCUCUAUCCUAUUACGAAGUCUUCCAAUGAAGAAAUAUACUUUUAAUCAAACUUAAUGGCUUGUGAUAAUCGUCCUAAAGUGUACCUAGGAUACGAAGAUGAAUACGUUACUGAUAAACAUCGACCGAGUAUUAAUUUCAUGACAAAUAAAAUUGGUGGAUUUCCAAACUGUUAUGAGAAGAAUAUAUUGUCGAUACCACAGUGCAGAUUAUGCAGAUUGUACCAACUUCUGGCUCUUCAGCUUUAUGUUCCAUUACAUAAUUCUAAGUAUCACCGAACACUUUAUAUUUUCACGUGUAUCAAUCCAAAUUGUUGGAAUCAAAAUGAGAGCUGGACGUGUCUAAGAGUUCAAGUUUUAGAAGAUGAAUAUAAAUCAAAUGCUUUAGACAGUAGCACUAUACAUGUGCCAUCUACAACAUCAUGGUUAUCAGAUGCAGAUGACUGGGGUGAUAACUUGAACGAUAAUUCUGAGCAGAAUGGAAAUAACUUACUGGCAAAUAAUGCAACAGACUUUAAGCUUUGUUUUGAAAAAGAAAUUGAUAAAAAUAUAAGAGAAGACUUUUCUGUACUACAUGUUGAUGAUCCUAAUGCAAAUAGUCCAGCAAGCGUAGAAUCUCCAGUUGGAAUAGGUGCUGUAGGUAGAUUGGAUUCACCUCAAGCAUCUGCUGAAAUUGAUGGAGAAGAAAGUGAAGUUGUCUGUAUUGAUAGUCCAGUUAAACCUCAAUGUGAUUUAAUUAGUUUGCUACGAGAAGUAACUCCAUUUCCUAUUCAAAUAGAAUCAAAUACAGAAACAAAGUUAUCAUUUGUUGAAAUAUUUCUUUCCGUUGAGGAAGAAGAUUGCAAUGCAGAUUUAUCACAGCAUAUUCGUGAUCUGCUCCUUGAAUACCAAUAUAAAAACCCAGAUUUGUCAACAAAAUCUGCAGUAGACUUGGAUGAGACCAAAACUAUUGAGACAGAUGCAGAAAAAUAUGAAAAGGGUAUUCCCAUGCAUGGGGAUGAAAUGUUCCAUAACUUUAUUUCUCAAAUUCAGAAAAAUCCUGGUCAGCUAUUACGAUAUUCACGAGAUAAUUCCGCGCCAUUGAUGCUAUAUCCUGUUAAUGGAUGCAUUGGAAAAUGUCGAUACUGCGGUGGUGAAAUGAUAUUCGAAGUCCAGAUUUUGCCUACAUUAAUUUCCAAACUAAUACUUCAACCACGAACCGAGAAGAAUUUCCAAAUUGAAUUUGGAACCGUUUUAAUAUAUACUUGUGUAAGAAGUUGUUGGUCACCAAUGGAUUUAUACAGGGAAGAACAUGUUAUUGUUCAAGCAGAAAGAUUAUAGUGAUAUUAUGAUUAAAAUAAAUUUAAUAGAAUUUUAAAUUUCCGAUUUUAGGACAAACAUAA